AUGAAGCGCUCAGAUCUACCGACUCCGCUACGAGUACGAACAGUGAACGUACCGAGAGGUUCGUUCGAAAAAUUUUGUUUCAAAUUUUUGGUCCUUUUUCAGUUGGCCAGCUCUCCACGACUAAAAUCAAAAGGCGGAGCAUCCAACGUGUCUUACCUCAAUCAGCUGUCAGAACAAGUGAACUGAUCUUUUUUUUCUAAAUUUGGUUGAAAUAGAACAAUUUUUUUGCUUUUGCAACAGUUCUGCGCUUUUAAAAACUGUUGAAUUCUUUUUCGAAAGAAGAUAAUUUUUUUUUGAGGUCAAGGCACCGUUAACCUAUAAAUCACAGGUCUUGAAGCAGGAACGCACAAAAGAAGCCCUUUAUGCUCGGAUUUUUUUUUACUAAAAGAAGGGACAAUUCACUACAAAAUUUUUCGUUGAUAAUAACUAGUUUCAAGUAACAAAAGGUGUUGGAAACGCAAUGAGUCCAAAAACCUCAGUGACGAGACCAGCCGCGCCGAGGACAUCGGUGCAGAAAGAGGCCCCUCCGGGACUUGCCUCGGUGUCUGUCCCCCUGAGAACCACAGGAAGAUCUUCGACGCCAGUGCGGCCUGUCGUCGCCGAAGCUACGAGAACAAUUCGGGGACCAGCUUCCAUGAGAAGCUCUUUGGUGAAGGCGCCGGUCGCUCCGAAAGCUGUGCCGGUCGACUGGAAGAAGAAGUGCGCCGACCUCGAG